UCAAUGGAAGAAUAUUUUGGAUCAAUAAAAAAUUACCUUUCUACGCUAUCUGUGAUAACACACUAUUUGUUAUAUAUCCAAUGAGUCCUUCGUUUACAAGAUGUCAGAAUGUCAGAUCACAGCUGAUGGUGUUAUCAAUUGAAUUGAAUUGAGUUGAGAAUUGAGAUAAUUUUCGAUGAAUUAUAAAAAUGGCGUCGUCUGGAAGUAGGUCCAACAACAGAAGAUAUAAAUGGGCCCUUGAUUUCAAUUAUAAGACAAAACAGGAAAGGAGCGUAGAUGUUGCAUCUCCACCGGGCUAUAAUCCAGCAUUGGGACAAGUCUAUACUGAAACUUCGAAAGAAUCAGAUCCCAAUCACUUGAUUAUAAAAAAGUCAUGGGAUCUUGCUCUAGGUCCUAUGAAACAGGUUCCCAUGAAUCUUCUCAUCAUGUACAUGGCUGGAAACUCAAUAUCCAUCUUUCCAAUCAUGAUGGUUGGAAUGCUGAUUAUUAGGCCAGUAAAAGCCCUUUUCACAAUGCAGAAUACAUUCAAGAUGAUCGAGGGCAGUCAUUCAGCUAGUCAGAAGUUUGUCUAUUUCCUGGGCAACAUACUGAACGUUGGUCUGGCGCUGUUCAAAUGCCAGUCGAUGGGUCUGCUGCCCUCGCAUACAUCUGAUUGGCUAGCCUUUGUCGAACCACAAAUUAGGAUGGAAUACUCCGGAGGAGGACUUCUCCUCACUUAACGACAGUCAUUCUAUUCCAAUCAUUAAUUUACUAUUAUACUGGACGGGUGAAUGUCAAUAUAGCAUUGAACUUACUGGACCCACUUCAAGAUGCCACAUCAUAAACUAUUACCUAUUGUAUCUAAAGGUAUAUCCUUUAAAAUUUGACAAUUGAUAAUCAAAAUUAAUUGACAAGCAACACGUAAAGUGUCAAUGUUAUAUCAUUUGAUCAUUAGGUAUACAGUAGAGUUGAUUCUCUGGUUGAUGAGUACUGACCAGCAUGCUGACUGAGUUUACAGUUCAUCAGCUGUGAAGUACUAGAUUUCUCUCAUUAUAAUUUCAUAUUUCAUUAAUUUAAACUGUAAAUUUAUCUCAAUCGUAGACGUUAGAAUAAUGUAAAAGUGUUCAAUUUAUUCAAUUAUCAUUGCAUGCUUUAUUAUGAAACCCUGCUACUGUACAAUUUAAUCAUAUAUCUCAUAUUUAAAAAAAAUAUGGGGUAAUUAGUAUUCGUUGAGGACUCGAAUCAGCUUAUUCUCAUUCAAGGAUUAUCUACAGAUCAACACAACACUGCUAUUAUAAAAAUCAAAUUUAUGCCUAAUUAAUUUUUGAACGGAAAUCCGUUGAUAAUGUAUUGAACAGUGCAAACUGUACCCAUCUAUACUGUAUCUACGAAGUCAUAGUACAUUCUUGGCAUUUAUGAAAUUCCAAGUAGUAUAAGUGUAUCUGGUUCAGAUUACUAGAGUAAGUUUGCAAGUGUUGGAUGUAUUUGUAUUUUGUAAAUAAUAUUAAUAAAGCAAUAUAAUGAGUGCUGAA